UUCAGAUUUGAAUACAUCUUAAGAAGAUAUCCUUAGUCAAACAAUCUUGAAAAAUCCAUGACUUCUUUGUUUGUCACUAUACAAAUUAAAUUCAUUCGGUCUUUAAUUUUCUUAAAAGGAAAUGAUACCUAAGAUUCUAAUUAAAACCAUUGAAUACAAACUAUAUAGAAAGUGUAAAUAAGUAAAUAAACUUUUAAUAUGUAAAACGUCUCGCCUCAGUAGCGAACUUUGGGGCAUGGAUGGCACCAGAUGAUAAACGGUGUCGUCUUAGUGUCCCCAUUGCAAUUGCAGUUUCUGCUCAAAUCGAUACAAAGUAAUUUGAAUCUGAAACCAAUCCUCAGCUGCGAUCAUGUUAUUCAUAAUUCUGAUUCAAUUCGUCUUAAGCUGCUGUGAAACACAAGUCGCCACUGAAGCUUGGGUUCAGAUUCACUUCCUUUCCGAAGAACAUGAUCGGAUGUGAUGUGACAUUCAUAUUCUUAUCUCUAUGAUCUCUGUCGUUUCUUCUCCAUCUCUCUCUGUCUCUUUUUGAUUCAUGUGUUUGUAUUUUGGUGUCUAUUUCUAUUGUUCUUAGGCUCAGAUCAUGACUUGUAACAAGUGAAAGCUAACCCAAUUUCAUUGUCUUCUUCAUAUUUGACCCAUUAACAGGCGAUUAAGGUUUACUAAGAAAUGCUGCAGUCGCAACUCAUAUUUGGAGAUUAACCAAAGAAUAAAAUGUUUUCGAUAUUUUCAGUGUUCAGUGUGUAUAUAGAUCAUCGACACGGUUUAUGUAAUGAAUGUAAAGGAAAUCAAAUUAUAAAUUUUGUUUAAAUUUAUCAAAAUCAUAAUCGUGUUGCAAAACCACUUAUCUUUUUUAUUGACAAUAACAACAUUGUCGGUAGCAUUAAGUUUAAGCUAUGAUUAAUUUAAGUAUUUAACACAAAAAAUGAUUUUAUUUUUUAUUUUUUUAAUCUCUCUGCGGUCUGAUGCUGCGACUCUGACCAUUACAUGCUGAAGUUAGUUUUCUUCUUCUCCUCCACACGUUUGGGGAAACGCGCCGCCCGUGAGAAAAUGCAGAACGGAGCGGCGGUUGCAAAAGAGCAACCGAGAGUCACUGUCUACAUAAUCCUCACUACAGCUUUCGUCUCUCUUUGCUUCCUCCUCUCUCUCUCUUCCUCCUCCUCCUCCUCUCUCUCUUCAUCUCACUACACCGGACACGACGACCUACGACCCGACCCGAGGCUCUUUCCUUCCUCCUCCAAAAUUGCCGCCGACACAGCUCCUCCUUCAAUCGCUUACUUAAUCUCCGGAUCCUCCGGUGACUCGCCCCGGAUCCUUCGUCUCCUCUUCGCCACUUACCAUCCUAGAAAUUGCUACCUCCUCCAUCUCGAUAGCUUGGCGACGCAGUCCGAACGAGAUCGGCUCGCUGUGACGGUGCAAGAUGUGCCGAUCUUCCGAGCUGCGCGUAACGUCGACGUCAUCGGGAAGCCCGAUUUCGCUUAUCAGAGAGGAUCGUCUCCGAUGGCGUCGACGCUUCACGGUGCAUCGAUUCUUCUCAGAUUGUCUGGUGCUUGGGAUUGGUUUGUCAAUCUCGGCGUAGAAGAUUACCCUCUCGUUACUCAAGAUGAGCUUCUUCACAUUUUGUCGCAUUUGCCUAAGGAGUUGAAUUUCGUGAAUCACACUAGCUACAUUGGCUGGAGAGAGUCAAGGAGGUUGAAGCCAGUGAUUGUUGACCCAGGGCUCUAUCUUGUGGAGAAGGCCGACAUGUUCUUUGCUUCACAGAAACGAGAGUUGCCUAAGGCUUUCAAGUUAUUCUCAGGUCCAUCUUUCUCCAUCUUAAGCCGCAAUUUCGUCGAGCACUGUGUCUUGGGAACUGACAACUUCCCUCGGACACUACUCAUGUACUUGUCCAACACACCUGCUUCCAUAUCCAACUACUUCCCAACUAUCCUCUGCAACACUCAUCUUUUCAGAAAGACCAUCAUGAACAACAACUUACUCUAUCUAGCUUCUAACGACACUUCUCAAGAAAGAUACCACCAGCUUAACCCCAACGAGUUCGCGGAUAUGGUUGAAACCGGAGCAGCAUUCGCAAGAGGGUUCAGGCUCGAUGACCCUGUCCUUGAUGGCAUCGAUCAUGAGCUUCUGGGACGCUUACCUGGUGAAGUUGUGCCUGGUGGUUGGUGUUUGGGAGGUUCUGGUAAGAACAGCAGCUCGUGUUCUGUCUGGGGAGACUCGGGUAUCCUUAGACCCGGUUCUGGUUCCGAUAGGCUCGAGAGACGGAUCGUUGAGUUAUUGUCAAAUGAUUGGUUCAAAUCGCACCAAUGCAUAUCGGAAUGAUGCACUUUGAUAGAGUAUAUAUAGUUUGGCCACGAAGAAGAAGAUAACGUUAAUUUAACUCGUUUUGUAAUCUUUUAGAGAGUUCCACUUUCCACUUUCACAUGUAAUCUUGUGGAGUCUUGAGAUUGUUUGAUUCAUAUGUUUGUAAAAGAAAACAUCUCCAUGCUCUCUCAGCUUCAUUUUUUUUUAAUCAUCUAAACUGAGAAAUGUGAAGAAUAGGAAUACUCUAAAUGAAGUAGAGCAUUUGCCGUUCGGAUUCAAA